AUUACAGAUAGAAAAUAUUAUAACAUAAAGGUUAACACACACUUUAUAUUUACUGUCACUGUCAUAAUAAGCACCUAUAAAUAUAUAGUCUAUUAUAAGAAGCUGGUGUGAUUUUUGACCAUCACUGCACAUUCUGGUCAGUUUAACCCCGCCCACAGUCCCAACUCUCCGGUUUGUCAGGUCAGCUGUGUUUUCACCUCCGGCUAUGUCUGUACCUUAACAUGUUCGCCUAUAGAGAACUCGGUGUAGGCGCUUCCUACAGGAAGAGGGGCUGCAGCAGCCUGUAAGCACACAGCAGCUUGUUUAUCGUCUUACAGUGACUCCAGAGGUGCAACAGGUGUGUUGAUACAAGCAGUUGUGUCUCCAGUCUGCUCAGCAAUCAACCAGCUAUGUCAAGCGACAUUCUGCAGCGUCUUGGCACCUUGUCCCUGAGUGUCAAGCACCUCAGCCACCUGCCGCGCUUUUCUGACCUCAUCCCGUCUUCCCUUCCAUCAUCCAGCCCGACAGUCACCGCCUCCCAGGUCCCCGUUCUCUUCCGGGAGCCUUACAUCCUGUCAGGCUACCGUCCUGUCCAGCAGCCAUGGCGCUACUACCUCCUCAGCCUCUUCCAGAGACACAAUGAAUCCCUGAACGUGUGGACACACUUGUUGGCAGGACCUGUGCUGCUGCUCCGCUGGUGGGCCCAUGCAGGCGCCCUGGGGUUCACCUUUGACUCUGUUUCUCUACCUCUGAGCCUCUUCCUGGUGUCUUCCCUCACCUAUUUAUUCUUCAGUGUGGCAGCUCACCUCUUUCAGUCUCACUCUGAACAUGCACAUUACUUCUUCUUCUUCAUGGACUAUGUGGGUGUAGCUGUGUAUCAGUAUGGUUGCUCACUUGGCCAUUAUUUUUACACGUCAGAGGCAGCAUGGAGAGAAAGCUGCAUCGGGCUGCUGUUUCUACCUGGAGCUGCCUUCUUUGGGUGGCUCUCCUGUGCAGGCUGCUGUUUCGCUAAGUCCAGGUAUCGACGGCCAUAUCCAGUGCAGCGUAAAAUCUGCCAGCUCAUCCCUACCUCUCUAGCCUACAUGCUGGGCAUCAGCCCAGUAGUGCAUCGCCUGCUCACCGUCUCCUGGACACAGGAGCCCUCGAUGCCCUUCCACGCCCUACAGAUCGCAUCUUUCCUUCUGUCCGCCCUCUUCUUCUCCUGUCCCAUCCCUGAGCGCUUCUUCCCGGGCCACUGUGACUUAGUGGGUCAGGGUCACCAGAUCUUCCACCUGUUUCUGUCCCUGUGCACCAUGUUCCAGCUCGAGGCCCUGUUCCAGGAUUAUGCCAGGCGGAGAGAUACAGUACUGGAGAUAUUUGGAGAGAAGCAGCUGUGGUGGGCUUGUGUAUCCUUCCCUGCUCUGAUUCUAUGUUGCUUCCUGAUGGCACUCAUCACAAUGAGGCACAUGACCAAGCAACUGCAGAGUAAACAAGAGAGAGAAAAGUGACUGUGUGUGUCUGAGAAACAAAGGAAAAGAAAGAAAGACACAUGUUUGGUUUAAAUGUAACCUAUUGUAUUAAUAAUAAUAUUAGAAUAAAGCCAUCUUUAUAUUGCUGUUUGUUAAACAGUUUGUCUGUGAAAAAUGUGAUUACUGAAAGUAUUGGAACAAUAAAAAUAAUGUGAAA